GUCGCAAAACAUGACUUCGAAUACGCCAAAUCAGCACCUGAUACUUGCGGGCGGGGCUGCUCUGCUCGCCGCCCUGUCUUCUGCAGGCUACCUCUUCUUCUACUCGUCUUCUUCGGCCGCGUUCCUGCCUCCCUCUGUCCGGUCGUCCCUGCGCCUCUCGACGCAGCUCGAAGCCCGCGCGCUGCGCUCGCUCUCGUACCUGCUCGAAGCCUUUGGUCCCAGUGGCAAGAAUGCGCCCGGAUGCCCUGCUGGCACCAUGAUCGCCAGUCCCUCGCGCCCAGGCUCCCGGCCGGGCGGUGCGGACGAGAACGAAAACUACUUUUUCCAAUGGCCGCGCGACGGUGGACUGUGCUUGCGCGAGGUUGUUCGGCGCCUCGUCUCGGCUGCCGAGGUGGGCGACGUUGUGGGCGUGCAGGAGGAACAGGCCAGCAAGCUCGAGACGAUCGUGCGCGACUUUGUCAAGAUGAAUGUCAAGCUGCAGCACACGUCCAACCGCGCCGGCAACUUUGAGACUGGCGGCCUGGGCGAAGCCAAGUUUGAGGUUGACGGAAGUCCGUUCGACGCCGACUGGGGCCGGCCCCAGAACGAUGGACCCUCGAUCCGCGCCAUUGCUCUGACAGCCUACGCGCUACACCUGCUCGAGAAGCGGCCGCGGUCCAACGACCACGGCUACGUCGUCUCGACGCUGUACAACAAGGACGUGCCCAGGACAAUCAUCAAGGCGGACCUCGACUAUGUGGCACGAGCGUGGAGCGAAAAGACUUUCGAGCUCUGGGAAGAGGUCUGCGCUGAUCCUUCCGCUGGUGGCGGUCACUUCCACACGCUCAUGGUGCAGCGCAGAGCGCUGUUGGCCGGCGCCAAGCUGGCGUCGCACCCUUCGAUCAACGACGACGAGUCUGCGGCCAAGUACCGCGAGCAAGCCAAGAAGAUCACCGCGCAUCUCUACAAAUUUUGGAAUGCAGACGGCAAGAUCGGCCUCGAAGGCGGGCCUGCGAUCGAGCAGGGACCCAUGGCAAUCCACUGGGACGAUGCGCGGAACCUGUCCAAGAUUCCAAAGAAAACGGUGCUGCAUGCACCCCACAUCGUCGGCACCCUCGCCCGCGUCGCUGGCCAGCAGAAGCCUACGCAGGCCGACACGGCCGUCCUCCUCGGCUUCCUCCAUGGUUUCUCGGGCGACGUGUCCGACAUUCCACCGUCGUCGUCGGCUUCGGCGUCGGCGUCAGCGUCAGCGUCUGCGUCUGCGUCGGAGGCGAGAGGAGGCGAGGAUCUCGAGGCGGGCAGCAAGUGGACGCCCUGGGACAGCAAGUGCCUCGCCACGCUGUACCGCCUCGUCAACGUCUUCAAGCACGUCUAUCCCAUCAAUGCUAGCCACGACGUCUCCACUGGCGUCCUCCUGGGCCGCUACCCAGAGGACGUGUACGACGGCGUGGUCCAGAGCAUCGCCCACCCCUGGUUCCUCUGCACCCACGCCGUGGCAGAGGUGCUGUACGUGGUGCAUGCCCACUACGCCGUCAGCACCUGGCUCUCCAUCGAUGUCUACUCGCUGCCCCUCUUCCAGCUCUUUGUGCCCAGCAUCACGACGGGCACCUACGCGCGCGGAUCAAAAGAGUACGAGCUGCUGCUGCGCGGCCUGCGCCGCAUGGCCGACGGCUACCUCGACGUCGCCGGGCGCUACGCGGCAAAGGACGACAAGAUGAGCGAGCAGAUCAACCGCUAUUCAAGCCGCAUGCGCGGUGCCAGGGAGCUCAGCUGGAGCUACGCCAGCUUCCUCAGCGCCUGGGCUGCCAGACGCAGGGACUUUGUCAAGGUCUAGAUGCCGAGAUGCGGUCUCUCUCUGAAGUGAACGAUAAUCUUUGUAAUCAACCAAUUGCAACUACGAAGCCCAGAAGGGGUAUACAUG